AUGGCCAUCACUGACGAUGCAAGCAUGCAGCGGAUGUUCUGUAUUUAUCAACAAACCCGAUUUCAGGUGCCGCUAAUAGAGUUGUACGUUGAGUUUGAACAGCAUACGGGGGUGGACGAGUUUGACGAGGAGGUCAACAUUAACGAGUUUGGGGAUAUAGGCUGGGAAGAAGAUAACGACGACAGUGAAGAGGAGUUCGAAGCUAACUAUGAAGUCGAUGACGAAAACGAUGACGGAGAUCUGGCCGGCAAUCCGGCGGUGCCAAAUGAAGCGCAUGCUGUUAUAAGCCAGCAGCCGUUUGGUGUUCCGUCUUUUAUGCGGACUCUUGAUCUCGAAGCCAUACAUGCCCCAGAAUUUCCUGAGUGGGGCAACGUUGCGGCCGAAGAUGGUGAAUUCAGUGUCGGAAUGGAAUUUGGCUCUAGAGAGUCGGUGAUAUCUGCAAUCAAAAGCUACACUAUGUCUAGAGGAGUUGAUUACACUGUGUAUGAGUCUGAGCCGCAGACAUUCUAUGCGAAAUGCAAGGGUUAUGGUGCCGGGUGCGAUUGGCUUAUCCGAGCUAGUUUGAUUCGAAAGAAAGCUUGUUGGGAGAUCAGGAGAUACAAUGGCAAACACACGUGCACCAUGGGAACUAUCUCGCAAGAUCAUGCCAAGUUGGACUCAGACACAAUUGCAGAUGCCAUUAGGCCGUUGGUGGAAGCAGAUCCGUCCAUAAAGGUGAAGUCUAUUAUUGCAGAAGUUCAGUCAAAGUUCAACUACACUAUCAGUUACCGCAAGGCUUGGUUGGCAAAGCAGAAAUCUGUCGCAAAAGUUUUUGGUGGUUGGGAGGUUUCUUACCAGACUCUGCCAAUUUGGCUGAAAGCAAUGACUGCAAAGAUGCCAAGGUCUCGUGUUCAAAUAAAGACGCUCCCUGUUUACCGUGAGAGUGAGGAGGUUCAAGGUGUAAGAGUUCUUCAUCGCGUUUUUUGGAGCUUCUAUCCGUGUAUAGUAGCAUUCCGACACUGCAAGCCACUGGUGCAGGUUGAUGGCACACACCUAUACGGUAAAUAUAAAGGUGCGCUUCUAGUUGCCGUUGCACAGGACGGGAACCAGAACAUUGUGCCUAUUGCGUUUGCAAUAGUCGAGGGUGAGACGGCAGACGCGUGGGAGUUUUUCCUAAGCAACCUGCGGAGAUAUGUUGUUACCAUCGAUGGCGUCGGCAUUAUUUCUGACCGCCAUAACUCCAUCGACGCAGCAAUAGCUCGCAGCAACGGUGCAUGGUCACCGCCAAGAGCGUGGCACAUGUACUGCAUCAGGCACAUCGGUUCCAACUUCUUAAGGAGGUUCAAGGCUCCGUAUUUGCAUAAACUCGUGGUUAACACAGGAUAUUCUAGGACGGAGCAAGAGUACAACAAAAACUACCAAAGGCUGAGAGAGCGGGCUGAGGCGUAUGCGCAAUGGUGUGAUGAGAUCGGUGUUCAGAGAUGGGUGUUGGCAUUCGACGGGGGUCAUCGUUGGGGACAUAUGACGACAAACUUGGUAGAGUGCAUAAAUUCUGUCCUGAAGGGUGCACGCAACCUUCCUGUGACUGCCAUUGUCAGAGCCGCGGCUCAUGAGCGUGUCCGCAAUGGAUUCACAUAUUCAGAAUUUGCCACCAAAAGAGUCGAAGAAAGUUUUCGACGUGCAGGCAACAUUGUGGUCAAUAGGUUCGACAGGCGCAACGAGAUGUUUGAGGUUCGCGAAAUGCAAGAUGGUUCCAUUCACACUGUUAAUCUCGCGCAACGACACUGCGAUUGUGGCCAUUUCCAGGUCGAGCGACUCCCAUGCCGCCACGUCCUUGCAUGUUGCGCCAACCAGCGUCUUGAUUGGCAAAUAUAUGUGCAUGAUGUGUACAAAAUGUCCGAAAUUUGCAAGGUCUACAGAGGCGAGUUUGUCCCGAUGGGUGACCCAUCUACGUGGGCUCCGUAUGAAGGAGCGAAGGUGAUCGCGAAUUGGACAUUGAGGCGCGCGACGAAAGGAAGACCCAAGUCAACCCGCUACUUGAAUGAGAUGGAUUCGCGGGACAUGCGUCGUCCUCGCCGGUGUACUAUUUGUGGACGGGAGGGAGAUAGCCAGAGUCGAUGUCCGCAGCGCGCAGAAUCAAGCUCUGCCAGGAAUCAAGCUUGA